UCCUCGUCGAUGACGGCCGAAAAUGAAAUUUCUAGACAGGCUGAAACCGAUCUCGUGGUGUCUGAAUUCAAAACCUGGCAAGCUGGAUCCAAUAAUGAUAUAAUAUUCUUACUUGAUACUACUCCACGAGAAGAAGGAGGAGUGGCCAUGAACAUGUUGCUGGCCAGCCAGCAUGAAUUUCAGUUGCUUUGUCCUGCAAAUUACCCAAACCAUGAGGACAACUUCUAUGUGGAUGCAAAUCCUGAUGUCAGAAUAUGGGCAAAUGCUUUGAAUGAGUUUGUGUUGGACACUGAAGGAAAACUUCUGCUCACUGAAGUUCUUCACAAAGCUGUAGCAUUGUAUAACACCAGCAGUCAUGACCGUAUGGAAGAAUCGGAUAAUGAAAGUAUGGAGGAAGGUGAGGAUGAUGAUGAGGACAUGAUAAUCGAUGAUGAUGAUGCUUACACAACCGAGUGGGAACUUCAGGUGGCAAGAAAGAAGAAACGAUGGGCUGAAAAGGAGAUUCAGUUGAGAGCUGAACUCAAGAGGAAUGCGGCAGGUUCUGCAGUUAACCAAGAACUCCUGGAAAAAGGUCAGCAGCAGCAGGGUCGCACAAAGCAGAUCUUCACAAGUUCAGCCGCAUCUGGAAUUCUCACUAAUGAUCUUGUGAAAAUCAUGGAGUAUGAAAAGGAACUUGGUUUCACAGUUGAGCCUAUUGGAGAUAACAUCUAUAAAUGGCAAGUGAAGUUGUUUGAUUUCGACCCAACCAGUGACUUGUCGAAAGACCUACAAGCAGUUGAACAGUUGUUUGGCUAUAAGUUCAUAGAACUUCAAAUGGACUUCGCAAUUGAUCUGUACCCGUUUUACCCGCCUUUGGUAAAAGUUGUCCGACCACGACUACAGCCAUCGAUGAUGCAACGAGUGACCAACAUGGACUUACUCAAGUUGUCCUACUGGAAUCCAGCCAAGGAUAUGCAGAGUAUUCUCAUUGAAAUUAAGACAUUCCUUCAGCAGUGGGCCAGGUUGGAGAUAAACAGUGUAAGAAAUGAUCCAAAGAAGUAUCCGAAUGGUUCGUUUGUGGAUAUUGAGCAUCAUCUGCUUCGCUUGGCAUUGGUGAGUGAAGUAAACCCCAGAGCAAGUUUCCACUACUUUGAAAAACCACCAGAUUUUGUGCCUGCAGCUGCUAUUCCACCAAAGUCUAAAAAGCAGAAGAUGAGUGAAGAGUAUUGGGAGCGUGGUGUGGGCUUUGGACACAGUAAAAGGCCUGAGUGGGACAUCAAUACAUAUGUGGCUGUCCAGAGAGAAAAGGACAAGCAGAUUGAAUCAGUAUUGCACACAAUUCUUGAUGAAUUAAAGGAUCUUUAUGCCAAGCAUGCUCCUCAGCUGAAACCCAGACAGCGCCGCACAGAACCUCGAUCUCAGUCGGAGAGUAUUGACCCAGUGGAAGACAUGUAUACUAUACUAGAGGGGUCAUCAUUGGUGCCAUUUCUCGAGCAAUACUUGAAUGCUGAUUCCUUCUUAGAAAUAUGUCGUCAUACAGUGGUUUACAAGGCAAUCAUAGAUAUUCUCAAAGAAAUUGCUCGACAGACCAAGCUGAUACCACUACUGUGUUCAUUACCUGACCAACAAAAGUCUAUCAUUGUUCUUCUGGAGAAUCUGGAACAAAAGGCCUCUCUUCUGCUGCAACACAUCUACAAAGCUGGUAACGGGGCCAUCCCAAAACCUCCUAAAGGACACCAUGAACCUGAAUCAGAAGCUUGUCCUGUUGAGUUUGCCAUGUCGGCUCACACAUCGGCUACGUCUGCCAAAGAUGAUGGUGUGGCUGAACAAAGACUUGCUAGGGAGUUUGUUAACCUUUUCAAAGAUGUCAAAGAAUCUCUGAGCAGAGCUGGUCUCGGUUCGACUGUGAUGCCAAACUCUAGCAAUGAUGCUGCCUGCAACAGCAACAAUGGUCACAAUUCUGGAAUCAACGGAACAAACGACACCACUACACCGAGCAGUAGUAGCAGCUGCACCAGUAGUAGCAACUCUGCUGAAGGUUUGGCGGAUUCUACACCAAAUGCAGCUGGUGAUGCGAGUUCAUCGAGUGAAUCUCUAUACUUGAAACAUUUAAAAAGCCUUCAAUUUGGAAGUCAUGGGAUGGAGGUUGAGGGUCCAGGCGCUCAUCAUUUUUCAACCGACUUCAAACUUCAAACCAGACUAGCGCAACCACAGGUAUUCCGUAUAGCUCAAGAGUUGACCUCCUUGUCUUCGUCAUUACCUCUAGAUCUUUCUUCAUCUAUACUUGUUAGAACAGAUGAUGAUAAACUGACCCUGAUGCGGGCGUUAAUCAUUGGACCCGAGGGUACACCUUAUUCUGGCGGAUGCUUUCAGUUUGACAUCUUCUUCCCAAACAAUUAUCCCAAGACACCACCACUGGUGAAUUUCCAGACUACAGGUGGCGGCACUGUGCGGUUUAAUCCAAAUCUAUACAAUUCUGGUAAGGUGUGUCUGUCAUUACUUGGAACAUGGGCUGGUCAGAAAGGAGAGAGGUGGAAUGAUACAACAUCGACUGUAUUACAGGUGUUGGUGUCUAUUCAGUCGUUAAUUCUAGUCCCUGAGCCAUACUUCAACGAACCCGGUUAUGAACAAGAGAUUGGUACAGAGAUUGGUCUCAGGAACAGUGAUGAUUAUAAUGCUGAUGUUCGCAUCAACAAUAUCAAAUAUGCUGUGAUAGCACAACUCCAGAACCCUACUCCUGGGUUUGAGGAUGUUGUUAAAACACAUUUCUUUUACAAGAAGGAUAGGAUUUUGGAGGAGUAUGAAGGUUGGUUGAAACAGAACAAGAGUAGCAAGCUAGAGAAGCUAAUGCAGACGUUAAAGAAAGAACUCAACAAACUACGACCACCGACACCACCUACAACAAAUAAAUCAAAUGAAGAGAAUUCAAGUAAAGAGACGAGUAAGUCGGAUGUAUCGAACUCGUCAUGACCAUAAUGGUCAACUUUUAUAGUCAUAGUUCAUUGGAGAAUGUGGAUGUGCCAAGUGCUACAACCUCAGCGAGAUUUUGAAGUUCUCUAUAUGAGCUUUGAUCGUUUUAUUUUUGGGUGCUUAAGGGACGAAUGUAUGAAGAAUGGGUGUAAUUGGGAGAUGAUCCAAGCCACCCUGUUAGUACAGUGAUCGGAUGUAAGAUUUGCAUUUAUGUUGGACAAACAAUUCUCUCUCUGCUUUAUCUUCGGGCAGAAGAAAUGACAGCAGAAAUGCAAAAAAGUGAUAACUUUCAAAUUAUCUUGAAAGUUGUAUGUGAAAGUUCAUGAAAUUUUAGCGUGCCUGUGUGCACAAGCCCUCUGAGAGGAACUGUGUCAGCGAUUUUAACCGGAGUGCUUUUAAUGAGGAAAUUGCAACAAGCUGAUGUCGUUCAAUCUGCUGGUUUCGUUAUUUUGUUUGUGUCUCGCUUAAGAUGUUAGAGGAAACCCUAUGUCUUUUAUGAAUGUUGUUGAUUUGUUCUCAAAUCCCGGAGCCACAGUCAUUUCUAACAGUCAUAUGAACUGUUGUAGCUUUUGUUGUUGCUGUUGUCUUAUUAGAAUUAUGAUUCUGCAAACAAGUGUAUGUUCACUUUUUGGAUCAGGUUAUUGAAGCUGAGGCUGACCUACUGACUCUCAUCUUCCUUGUAAAUAGACUUAUCAUUGAGAUGAGGUCAGCAUAAGGAUAUUGGCAAGAGAUCUAGGUUAUUUGAAAGCAUUUGAUAGCUGUGCAAUAUCCUCUCCAACAUACCCUCUGGCGGACAUCCUUUGGGUGGUUGAUCUCAAUGUAGACUUCUCAUCACUGUCUAUACGGCAACUACUCGAAUGACAGUCUGGUGUAUUAUAGGAGUUGGGGAUUUUCUGUUAACUGCUGACUAGCAAACAGAAUGUGAUGUUACUGGAGUCUGAUCUCUUAGUGAAAUAGAUGGUGCUUUGAAUCACAAGUUUGACUUGAACGAGGAGUUUUGGAAGUCAGUCAUCAGAAAUUCUUCAUGGCAUACUUCCUAUAGUGACAUUUAAUACUGUAACACAUUAAAAAAACAGCUAUUGUUUUAGAUGUAUGCUACUAAUUCUCCUUACACGGAGGGUGUAACUAUGCAGAAGUGAUGACCUUGAGUACUUUUUUGGACUCGUCAUUUAGAGUUUAAGUGUAAUCAAGAAUGAUACUGUGCCGAUGGGGGAGUACCAGUACAAUUAACAAUAUGCCUAGUUUACCUCUACAUGUAAAAGCCUUGGUAGAACAGACACCCCUUGACCACCCUAAACCUGUCACCACAGUAUCUAUCUUGGGGUAAUAUAUUAGAGAUGGUAUUUUUCAAAUGUUAGAAGGGCAGAUGUGUGUUUCACUUCUUUGAUGUAUCAAUCAGAACAUGUAUGAAAGUGUUAAACUUAGAAUUCUAGUUGAGGAGUUUCUGAUCGCUGUGAACCGGUAAAAUCGUUGAUCAUAAUUUCAUUUUCUCAACGCUAUUUGUGAUGCAAGGCACACAUACAUUUUCUGUGACCUCUAUCAAUAUUGUGUCAUGGUCUGGCUGUACUGUUGGUCAGAAUGACAUGAAAAUUACGGGUUGCCAAUACCUGUACUUCAUAUUUUGUUAUCUUGACAGCUUUAUUACUUUGUUUUAGAAGAAGAUUGGUAUUUUGCAUUUACCUUCUUUCUCAAUCUCCUGUCAAUAGGUUGUUAAUAUACAUGAUGUCAGGGUGGACCAGAAUUAUUUUCCUUUGUGUGAGGGGAAAUAAUUCUGGGCCACCCUUUAUAGGACUUUCAGAACAUGAUGAAGAUGAAGUGACUUUCUGAGCUGACUUUGUAUUCUGUUUAGAACAUCUGACAUGUAAAUAUAGGAUGAGUUCUUAUCAGGCCGAGUACUUUUGGAAGGUGCUGUGUUGAUGGUUGAAGUGAUUUUGGAUCAUUGUCAAAAGGUUAGCUUCUAAUACAAAUUACAAUACAUGUAUGGCCAGGAAGUGGUGAAAAACAGUAAAGCUUUGGUAGUUUCUUUUGUUUAUCAUGUCAGUUUGAUUGGUUACAAAUAAGUUUAAGAUUUUAGUGGCAUACUCUCAAAUUUUGUUAAUUGCUGUCAAACCAUGGCAGGGUUGCUAUGUGCUGGUCAUGUGAGGCAUUGGAGUCAAGGCAGACUUUUCCCCAGGUACGAGAAUGCAAAGACCAGGGAGACUUUGCUCCAUUGCCUGAUUUGGCUUAAACUUUAAAGUCUUUUAUCCAGGCUUUGCUACUUAUUGUCAAAAUAUACAUGUACAUGUAAAUUUGUUGAUAUUCAUCAUGAUAAUAAAACUACAUGUUGCUA